CAUGCACAAGCACUACAGCCCUAGCCACUUUGCACUUCAAUUGCGAAAUAUAAAAUCCGCAGAAUCUCUACAGUUGCAGCAGUCGUCCUCUAUGUAAGAAAAAGACACCAAACACAUAAGCCUCCAUCUCCGUCCAAUGUUCUGACUAUCAAUGGAAACCCUAGCUAUCUCCCACCGCCUUCUCCCGCCCUCUAUCCACCGUUCCUCCAUUAACCCUCGUCUUUCCUCCCUCCCUCCCUCCAUCGCUCUUUCCAGCGCCACCUCUCGUUCCUUCACUCUCAGAUGCUCUGCUCGAUCUCCAACUGCAUCAGUCGACCAUUCAGUGAAAUUCAAGGAAGCUGCAAAGGAUGGGAAUCUGAUUCCAUUAUACAGGUCAAUAUUUUCCGAUCAUCUGACUCCAGUUCUGGCUUACAGGUGUCUGGUCAAAGAAGAUGAUCGUGAUGCACCAAGUUUCUUAUUCGAAUCUGUUGAACCAGGCUUAAAAGCUUCCAAUGUUGGGAGGUACAGUGUGAUUGGAGCUCAGCCUACAAUGGAAAUUGUGGCAAAAGAGAAUAUGGUUACAGUUAUGGACCACCAUGAAGGGAGGAAAACAGAGGAGUUUGUUGAGGAUCCCAUGGUUGUUCCUAGGAGGAUAAUGGAACAAUGGAAACCUCAAAGAAUUGAUGAGCUCCCUGAUGCCUUUUGUGGUGGGUGGGUUGGUUAUUUCUCUUAUGACACAGUGCGAUAUGUAGAGAAGAAAAAAAUCCCAUUUUCAAAUGCACCAGAGGAUGACAGGAACCUUCCGGAUGUUCAUCUUGGCCUUUAUGAUGAUGUCAUUGUGUUUGACCAUGUUGAAAAGAAAGCGUAUGUUAUACAUUGGGUGCGAUUGGAUCAAUAUUCUUCUGUAGAUGAAGCUUUUAAAGAUGGAACAGACCGAUUGGAGGCUUUAGUGUCUAGAGUUCAUGAUAUUGUUCCACCAAGACUUUCUCCAGGGUCAAUUAAGCUGUAUACCAACCUAUUUGGGCCUUCUUUGAAAAACUCAAACAUGACAAGUGAAGCAUACAAGGAAGCAGUUUUACAGGCUAAAGAACAUAUUUUGGCUGGGGAUAUAUUUCAGAUUGUGUUAAGUCAACGUUUUGAAAGGCGUACUUUUGCAGAUCCAUUUGAAAUUUACAGGGCACUCAGAAUCGUGAACCCCAGUCCAUAUAUGACUUACUUACAGGCUAGAGGGUGUAUCCUUGUUGCUUCAAGUCCUGAAAUUCUUACCCGUGUCAAGAAGAGAAAAGUUACAAAUAGACCCCUUGCUGGGACGAUCAGGAGAGGGAAGACACCCAAAGAAGACUACAUGUUGGAAAAUCAACUUCUUCACGAUGAAAAACAAUGUGCAGAGCACAUCAUGCUUGUUGAUCUAGGAAGAAACGAUGUUGGCAAGGUUUCAAAAGCGGGUUCUGUUAAAGUAGAGAAGCUGAUGAACGUGGAACGAUAUUCUCAUGUGAUGCAUAUAAGCUCGACAGUGAGCGGAGAGCUUCUUGAUGAGUUGAGCAGUUGGGAUGCUCUUCGUGCUGCAUUACCUGUUGGAACAGUCAGUGGUGCCCCUAAGGUGAAAGCGAUGGAACUGAUUGAUCGGUUGGAGGUGAAUAGGCGUGGGCCAUAUAGUGGUGGGUUUGGAGGGAUCUCAUUCACAGGAGACAUGGACAUUGCUCUGGCAUUGAGAACGAUUGUGUUCCCUACAGCAGCACGUUAUGAUACAAUGUAUUCGUAUAGGGAUGUGAAUAAGAGGCGGGAUUGGGUGGCUCAUCUUCAGGCGGGGGCGGGUAUAGUGGCGGAUAGUGAUCCUGGUGAUGAGCAGAGGGAAUGUGAGAACAAGGCUGCGGGUCUUGCACGUGCUAUUGAUCUUGCUGAGUCAUCAUUUGUUGACAAAUGACAUGAGACCGGUUUGAGAGUCCAGUCUUUCAGGAGUAAAAGCCAUUUUCAAGCUUUUUGGCAUUCAUGGUUUUAGCUCAUGAGUAUUGAGUCAUGACAUAGCAUAACAGCUAAAUGCUCCUCAUUUUUCAUCUUUUUACCAAUUUAAUCUAUGCAACUGAUAGAAACUAGACUAAAUUACAUAAAUCGUCCCUACGGUUUCAUCUGCUUUGCGAUUUUUGUCCCUAAAAGAAUGUUAAACUUUGUUUUGUUGCGUAUUUGUCGACAUGUAUUAUUACUAACUUAAAUAAGAAAAAUCUGGGUCACAUCUGCCCUUAUCCCUUCUCUCCAUUACCUUCAACCAGUCGUACCCACCAUCAGUGAUCUCCACCCGCGUAGCCAUGUGUAUACCCUAGGUUCUCUUGUAGUUGUGAUGGAUUUGUAAACACAAAAUCUUCUUCUAGUUUCUUUCUUUUAAUCAUUUUCAUCCAUAGGAUUAUGCAAUUGAUGAUUGC